AUGGCCGACGUCAAGAUAUACCUGAAGCCACGACCAAUAUCGGCUCUUUAUGGACACUGCAACUAUAUACCAAACAUCUAUAUACCGUACAAACGAUGCUCAGAAUUCAAGUACGGUCCAUUCCUCGCCGACUAUGGGGCGGUCCCCUCUGAUGCUACAGAAGAAUACACCAUACACUCGCCCUCCCUAUCCGCCCAGCUUGCUGUAUUCCACAACGAAACUCUACCUAGUCUCCAGGCCGACAUUCCCAAUCCAAACAAAACUAGUCGUUCAUCUUGGUCCAGUCUUCUUGAGCUUGCCAGGUCGAAACUCGCAGGGAUAGUCGACUUCCGAACAGAUGCCCCAGAUCCACUGACGGACUCGUCAUUCAAUACUGCUCGUUGGUGGUAUAGGCUGGUCUUUUCCAUCUUGUCUCGGGACGACAGAGAGCUGCGCGACAACGACGACACCGAAGUACAGAUACUGGUUUCGGCUUACAUGUAUGAUGCCAUUUUCUCCCUAUCUGUGAUAUGGGCCAAUUUUCGUGAAGAGAUGUUGCAGCUGACAGAUCCGGUUUCUCCUGCUUACCUACCUUCAGGCUAUGGUAACAACUCGGGAUUCUUGACUCUUCUUAGUACACAGGUAUACACUAUUGUCCCCGCACUCUACCCCGCCGAUACAACAAGCAAUCACGACUAUAAUUCUCCCCUAUCUCAGUCCUCUGACACUGUCGACUUCCCGUCAAUCUCACAUACCGGCGACGGAUUGACUGACAAGACAUCCUUUCGGCUGCGACGAAGAAACUACGUAACCAUAAUUGAAUAA